UAUAUGGAAAGUAGUUUACUGAGAAAAAGAAUAAAACAACAUUAGCUUGCGCUUAGUUUAGUAAAAGCUAGAUGAUAUGCUGUAAUUUGCGUGCUAUGGAACCUUUCUUAUUCUGUAAAUGCAUACUUGUUUAUUCACUUCAAUAAAUUAUGUAUUAUUCACACUAUUCACCUAAACAAAAGCGGCCCAACUAAGUUCUGUUUCCGGUGCUGUGAUGGCCGAGUGGUUAAGGCGUUGGACUUGAAAUCCAAUGGGGUCUCCCCGCGCAGGUUCGAACCCUGCUCGCAGCGAUUUUACGUUUUGGAAAUACAAAUUUUUCUUGCUAAAAACUGUGUAAAUGUUGUCUGAUCGCAGGAACGUUAAAACACUUUUUUGCAAACUAAUAGGGAGAGGCAUUUCAUUCAAAUGAAACUAAUGAAACCAACACUGUCUGCAGGACAUAAAUAUUAAAGCGAAGUGUUAGAAAAUGCCUGUAGAUGGCGCACUGUCCACUGACAAUAAGGUGUAGUCGGUAAAAAUAACCAAAAUAUUCAGAGAGGUUGAGGUAAAUGUCCUCCUGUACAUAUGAUUUUUAUUUUCCAGGUGUAAUUAGUAGCGCUAAAACCAAAGCUAUUUUAAAUUACAUGCAUAAACAUGAAUUUAUUUAAGCUCUACCUUACAGCUCCUUGGUCAAUUUGCAAUGAAAAGGUGCCUUCAAACGCGAAGGGUUAAUAUGAUAGAGUAGCCUUCGGCGCAGUUGGACAGAUUCCAAAAUGUAUUCGAUAUGCACUUAGACAAGCAGAAAGAGAAACAGACAGAGCCUAGUGUUGGUCAUUCCAGUAACAGGUGUCAAAUUGCUAGUUUAUAUCCAUAUUCUGCCUUAGGAUGUCCGGCUUGGGGAAGCUACGCGUGGCUGUUAUAGGGGCCGGUGCUGCGGGAUUGUGCGCGGCCCGCCAUCUCCUCUCUCGCCCAGACACCUUUGCGCCACCUGUAGUGUAUGAACUCACCAAGAACAUUGGAGGAACCUGGGUCUACGAGGAAAAAGUGGGAUAUUACGACGAUGGCUUACCCAUUCACAGCAGCAUGUACAGGGACCUAAGAACCAAUAUUCCGAAGGAGGUGAUGUCUUUCCCUGAUUUUCCUUUUGCAAAGCAUCUCCCAUCUUUUGUUCAUCACACCGAAGUGAGGAAAUAUCUUGAGCAGUAUUGUCAUCAUUUUCGCUUGUGGGACCACAUAAAGUUUGGCACCAUGGUGGCCUCAGUGACUCCAGAGGAAGUAAAGGAUGGUUGGAAAGGGAUGGCUUGGAACGUCACCUCCAAUGAUGGCCUAGACAACAGCAAAUCCACAACGGAGAGAUUUGAUGCCGUAAUGGUGUGUAAUGGUCAUUUUUAUGACCCCUACAUCCCUGCUAUUCCUGGACUGGAAAAAUACAAAGGGACACUGAUGCACAGUCAUGAUUACCGAAAUGCUGAACCUUUUGUGGGAAAAUCUGUUGUCGUGCUGGGAGCUGGUCUCUCUGGGCUGGAUAUUGCAAUGGAGCUCUCCAAUGUUGAUGCUAAGGUGUUUCUCAGUCAUGGACAGCGCCCUUUGACAUGCCCCCUUCCUUCAGGAGUCCAGCAGGCUCCUCCAGUAACGUCUGUGCUAGAUGAUGGCUCUCUAGAGUUCAAAGAUGGGAAGAGGGCCAAGCCAGAGGUGUUCCUAAUGUGUACAGGCUACAACUUCACCUUUCCUUUUCUGGACGAAAAAGUGGGUGUAAGAGUCCAGGAGCACUUAGUCUGGCCACUUUACAAGUUCCUAAUACCUCCGGCCUACCCUUCACUCUUUAUAGUGGGCAUCUGCAGGGCCAUAUGCCCUUUCCCACAUUUCCACAUUCAGUCUCAGUUUGUCAUGUCAGUGUUAGAUGGUUCAUUCACCCUUCCAACACGCGAGGAGAUGGAGAAGGACAUCGAUUUGGAUAUUGCCGCCCGUCGUGCCCGUGGGAUUGCCACCCGCCAUAUCCUUAAACUGGACUCUGAGCAAUGGGCCUAUAAUGAUGAGCUUGCCCAACUGGGAGGUUUCCAACCCCUCCCUCGCUAUUGGAGCAACCUGUAUGAAUCCAACAAGGUGUUUCGUGCCCAAGACAUGCUUAAUUACAAAACCAAUAACUUCACUGUCCUUAAUAACAAAGAGUGGAUGGUGCACAAUUUGCAUGGUCAGCAGUUAGAGAAGCCUCUGGCUGUUAAAAAGCAAAUUUAAGCUGUGAUGAAAUAAUACUCUUUGUCAUUAUGGUGCUAACAGGCAUUUGCCAAUGUAGCAAGUAAUAUUAGCAUAUAACAAAUUCUUCAGUAUUGUUCUUGCUUUACAUUUUUUAAGAUGUAAAAUCACACUAUUCUAUUUUUAUAACAAAGUUUCUCAAUACAAAUAUCUAUAUGAAAUAUUGUACAAUUAUAAUCUAGGUAUUUGUAACAGGCACUCAUUAAGUGUAGAAUAAGCUAAUUUUACAAUAAAAUGUAUAAAUCCUAUAAUAAAUAAUAAACCAAGUAUUGCCGAGACUGUUUCAAUAACAGUUCCUGUUGUACUGAACUGCAUAUCAAAAAGGCACCGCUGGGAUUCGAACCCAGGAUCUCCUGUUUACUAGACAGGCGCUUUAACCAACUAAGCCACGGCGCCACGGUCGAAACCGAUGAAUUUAUGAGGUCAAGAAUGAUAUAAUCUGUUAAUUCGCCGUUGUAUUAUAUGUUUUGAAAUUAUUCUACAUGGUUCUGAAUUUAAUAUUAAUCGUUGUUUUUAGACAGGUCGCCUAUCCUG